AUGGGUGAUUCACAUACUCACUCUUCAACCACCUCGUCUACUUCCCCCACUGUCACAAUCAGUCAUGGGAACAUUGCUCAGCCAUCCCAACUAAUUUCAUUCAAUCCAGCAUCCCAAUUCCCCUCGAAAUUGCAAGGAAGUUCCAACUACUGUACUUGGAAAUCACAAGUCAUAACUCUACUCUUUGGUUAUGAUCUUCUUGGGUAUGUGGAUGGGUCACUUCCCCCUCCAUCUGUGCAACGCCAAGAUGGAGCAAACAAUGAAUAUCCCAACCCCGCAUCCAAGCUUCGGCAGAGACAGGAUAGCCUUGUCCACAAUGCUAUCAUGGCCUCAGUCGAUCCUACAAUCGCUUCUCUUAUUGCACAUGCUGCUACUGCCAAACACGCCUGGGAAAUUCUUCAAACUACUUAUGCCAACAAAUGCCAGUCACGUAUCUUCAGCGUGCGUGACACUCUUGCUAAUCUCAAACGAGACUCGCGCUCCAUUAGUGAGUACAUGAAGGAUAUUAAAUCCAUUUCGGAUGAUCUUGCACCCAGUGAAUCACCUAUCUCAAAUGAGGAACUUGUCAUUAAAAUCCUAAGUGGUCUAGGAUCUGAGUACAAAGAACUAUCUGCUGCUAUAAGGGCUCGAGAUAACCCAAUAUCGUUUGAAGAGCUCUAUGACAAAUUGCUUGCGCAUGAGAUGUUUAUUAAAAAUUCAGAGCCAACGCUUGAAAACCCAAUCAUCACUGCCCAUCGAACAUUAACAGAUUUAUAA